UGUAAUGUCAGCCAUAAUACACACGAUUUGGUCUAUGAUUUGGUUCAGUUUGGUCAGUAAAAAAUUCAACUAUUUUAUUUUUAAAAAAAGAAUAUAAAGGGAUUAAUUCUAAGCAAGACAAAGAUAUCUUCCUCUAUCUUUCUUGCCCUUCCACUAUACCCCAGUGUUCUAGGGGCAUAAGUCAGGAUGUGUGUAGAUACAGCUAAGAGUGCCCUUGUCCUCAGGGACAUUAGGGAGUUCGUGACAGUCUCAAUUAACUUUGCUAAACGAGAGGCUCCUUCGCUUAGAGUGGACAGGAUGGAUGGAGUUUUAAUAAGAAACUAGAGGAGAGCAAUGAAGGUUAAGAAUGGCCAACAAAGGGAAUGGAAGACGGAGCUGACCAAGGAUAAACAAAAGAACUGUUGAGGUAUUCUACUGACCCAGCUGAGAUGGGUACACUGCACAAGUACAAUGUUUCAUCUUUAUGGUUUCUUGAUUUAUUUCCAGCUGCAUCAGGUAUAGGGGUCAGAAAAGCUAGACUGCUCCUAGGUGGAGUGUUUGUGACAUGGACACAGUGGAGGACUGAUAGCCUAAGAGAAUAUGUAAAAGAAUGAUUCCCAGGGCCAGUUAUAAGAUAUAGACUUGGUACAAAAGAGGAACCCGAAGGAGACUCAUAACCCUGGAAAAAGUGGAGUUGAAAUGAAAAAGUGAGUGUAAUUAGAGUGAUGAGUGAGAGAUAGAAUAGGAUAUUGGACGUCCAGUGUUGGCAGAGGUAGGACUUUUCUGGUUGUUGACAUAAGAGUUGGUUUUAAAAGUGAAGGUGAAGUUGUAGAAAUAUUCGGUGUAUUAGAUUAAUUUCUGUCUACAUGUGGAUGAAAACGUGUAAUGGAUUAAUAAUAGUAGAUGCUUAUUUCUUGCUCAUAUAAAUAGUCCAAGGUGGUCAGUGGGGGUAUCUGCUUCACUGUAAUUCAAGAACCCAGGCCGAUGGAGGCUCUGUCAUCUUCAGCCAGAAGCUGUCAAGGUCAUCUGGGCAUUGACAUCCAGUUAGUAUAAGGAUAAAGAGCAAGGAGUGCGCAUAUGUGGUUUUUUGGGGCAGGCCUGAAAGAGAUGCAUACCCACCUUUUCCCAUGUCAUUGGCCAGACAUGGACAUACCAAAUUGCAAGGAAGUCUGGGAAAUGUGUAGUUGUGUGUCCUGGAAAAAGAGCAACUGGCAGCCCUUGCUACACAUGAGCUUUAAAGCCAUUUUUAAAGCAUUUGUUGUUGUCAUGCUGCUACUUAGUUUUGUCCUUGAGCCCAGAGAUAAAUUUCAAAAAGGCUAACUUUAGAAGAUGAAAUGAAGUGAAGAAGCCUUAUCUGAUCAUACAUGAAAAGCCUUCACUUCUAGUUCUGUUCCUUAUAUCUGCUUUUUUUUUUUUUUAAAUCUAGGCAGACAUCUCUGUAACCCAGUUUCCUCAUUUGAUGAAGUGAGUUGCAUUCUUUCUACAUCAGAAAUGUGUACAAGGUUUUUUAGAUUUUUUUGUUUUUGUUUUGUUUUGUUUUGUUUUGUUUUGGUGAUAGAGCCCCUUUAUCACCCACUUUGGCCCAGCAGCAAAUAUUAAAUAACACAGGGAGAUGCCUAUUUAGUCACUGAAGGCAUUAGUCCUCACAAAUUAGCCAAAAUGGAUUUUGUGCCUGAUUUAAGUACAAGACCUAUUUUGCUUCUGACUGUUAGUUUAAUAAAUGAGGUAAAGACUUCUUUUUGAGUCACACAAAUAUAUUCUCUCUGUUAACAAGUUGGUCAGUGUUGCUCUUUGAAAUUAGGUGAACUCUCCCCCAACAUGUAUAUUAUCCACCCUAAAUUUUCCACCAAUAGGAAUGUAAGACAAGCACAGCAUCAGCUGAGAGUCAUUGGCUGAUAAUGUUGAGUCACAGUUACUCUACCCACAAUGAGCUGCAGAAGGCAGGGAGGGGCGAGGACACUGUAGAGGACAGCUACACCAAAGAGGAAUUUCUUCCCCAGAAGAGAAUUUGUCCCAAGAACCAUGUGAUCACAUUCAAAGGAUCUUAGUGUAGACUUGAGUAGUUUACCAUCUUCCUUUCUAAAGUUAAACGGAAAUCCUUCAAACAAUAAGCUCUGUGCCUUGGUGGGGAAAGAUCUUUUAAAGAAACAUGGUGAAUUACUACAAAAUACUAGGAGUGCCUCAAAAUGCUUCCUCCUCUGAUAUUAAGAAGGCUUAUCACCGGUUAGCUCUUCAGGUACACCCAGACAAGAACCCAGAAAACAAGGAGGCAGCUGAGGAGAAAUUCAGACAAGUAGCCAAGGCCUAUGAGGUCUUGUCUGACGCUGAGAAACGCAACGACUAUGACAAGUCCAGAGGGAAUCACAUCAAAAGAGAAAACAGAGGAGAUGGCAGAGACAAAAACUAUUUGAAGGAAGAACUGUGGUUUAAGAGGCCACACUCUGGCUUUCAAAAUGUGUUUGAAGAUGAAGACCUCUUCUCAGGAGAUUGUGUUCCCGCUGGCUGUGCAGGUGGGGCCAGGAGAUCCCGUUCCUCCUUCUUCGAUGUGAUCCCCAUACUGGACACAGGAUUUUCCACUUUUGUACCCCUGGGCUCCAGACCAAGUCCCUCUUCCUCUGGAACAUUUGUGCCCUUCGUAAGCAGUGGAAUGGGAAAGUUCAGAUUGGUCACCACUUGUAGCCAGAUAGUCAAUGGCAGGAGAGUUGUUACAAAGAAAGUUCUAGAAAAUGUGAGAGGGAAGACUGAAGUGGAAGAAGAAAGCCUACUUCACCAGAUUGCUCCAGGUCAUUGGAAAUUGAUGGAAAAUCCUUGCUAUUGAUGACAAGAAAUGACGUGUUGACAGGACUUCAGUUAAAAUUGGGGCCUGCUCUGAAAAUCUACGAG